GGCUAGGCUCCAAAAAUGGUCAAACAAAUGGAGCCUUAAUUAAAUACGUAUCUCUUCAAAGUUUGUUGAAGAUGCUGCUGUUUCUCGAAAGAUGUCGGGACCAGAAUGCAGUGCGAAUCCACCGGAGGUGAACAGUGUUUUUGGAAAAGGCAGCGUCGAAGAAAUCGGAGGCCUGAAAGCAUAUAUUACUGGAAAUCCCACUUCCGAUCGAGCCAUACUUCUUGCUUCUGAUGCUUUCGGCUAUGAAGGAGUUAUGCUAAGGAAACUGGGUGACAAAAUGGGUGAUAUUGGAUACCUGAUUGUCGUUCCUGAUUUCUUCUUUGGGGAUUGUUAUUACAGCACGAUGCCUCCACAACUCCGAGAAAAUUGGUUACCUAAUAAUCCUCCCGAAAAAGGAUGUGAAAACGCAUUGAAGAUAAUUGCUGAACUUAAAACUAGAGUAUCUGCUGUAGGGGCUGCAGGUUUUUGCUGGGGAGGGAUGAUGGUCAUCAAACUAGCAAAAUAUGAGGACAUUAAGGCGGCAGUUAUAUUGCACCCAGGUCGCUUGUCAUACAAUGAUGUUAAUGAGGUGAGGGUCCCAGUUGCAAUUUUAGGUGGGGAGCUUGACCAACUAUGCCCACAAGAAGAAGUGGAGCAUUAUGGGAAGAUUUUAGCAGCAAAACCACAAGUGGAGAGCUUUGUGAAGAUAUUUCGGGGUGUUGGUCAUGGAUGGGCUUCCAGAUACAGGGAGGAUGAUGAAUCUGCGGUCAAGAGUGCCGAGGAGGCGCACACAGACAUGCUCAAUUGGUUUUCCAAGCACCUCAUAUAA